AUCAAAAAAUUCUUCGCAAGCUUCAACGGUUGAAUAUUUUUAAUGGAUUCGGUGUUCAAAUAAAGUACGUCACUGUGUCAAUGAAGUGCCGAGAUCAAGUGUACAAAAUCGCUAUAACAAAACGAGAAUGCUCGACCUUGUGUUACUACGUCUGUUAUUGUGAUGCUGCUACGCCCGGUACUUGUUUACAUGAUAACAAAGUGAACGCCAGAUUAAAGAAAUGAACUGAGCACGGCAGCAGGGUGUCCAGAUUUCACUUUGUCUGAAAAAGAUAAUGCGGAACGUUCGAAGAUUGAAUUAACGCUGAGGUUCUAUAGUUGCCAUUCAAGAUAGUAUGACCUUACGUUAGAUCACAGGAAUCGACCCACGCCGCUAAUAAAGACUCCUACGCGGCACUUGUGUUAUCCGCUAAAGUCUUAGAAAAUAUCACUUGAAUAUUAAAUGCAUAGCUUUAAUGCACUCAAGAAUAUAUUUACUCGUUAAUAGUAUCCAAUAAGUGUUAAUUGUGUGUACUUUAGUGGAAAUUAAUGUUAAAACUUGUGUAGUUUAAGAGGUUUCUCUAACAUCUGUUACUAAGGAUCUGUUUAAUUAAAACACUGGCUUCUUUUGCGGUGAUAUCUAAUAAAAUUAUGAUGACUUUGAGAAGCCAUCAAUAGUAUCUAUUAUUUAAGGGAAAGUAAGAAACAGCAGUCAAAAUAAAGAAAACAAGCUCCUUACUGUGCUACAAAGCAAGAAUGGAAGAGAGUGAUGUGAUAAUAUCCUCCACAGAAGUGAUAAAAGACAGACUAUACUUCGCGACACUCAAGUCGGGGUAUAAGCCGAAGCCGACUCGGAACAGCAAGUAUUUCCACAUAGAAGACGAGAUAGUCUACGAGAACUUCUACUUCGACUUUGGACCUUAUCACCUGUGCCAUUUGUAUCAAUUUUGCAACAGGCUCAACGAUGAGCUGGAGAAAAACCCGAAGAAAAAGAUCGUAUUCUACACUAGUGAUAAUGAAACUCUGCGGCUUAAUGCGGCCUACCUUAUUGGGAGCUAUCAGGUGAUAUACUUGGGCGGUUCCCCUUCAGCGGUAUACGCGCAGCUGACUACUGGCGACUGGUCGCUGCUCAACUUCCGCGAUGCCUCCGGCGGUCCUCCGCUCUUCGGCAUCUCCCUGCUGGACGUGCUGCAGGGGAUCAAGGUCGCUCAUGACGCGAGAUUCUUCGACUUCAACCAUUUCGAUGCUGAGCAGUAUCUGUUUUAUGAGAAAGUAGAGAACGGCGAUCUCAACUGGAUAGUCCCCGGCAAGAUGCUCGCUUUCUCCGGCCCCCACCACCGCUCCCGCCUCGACCGGGGCUACCCCCUCCAUUCCCCGGAACACUACCACGAAUACUUUCGGAAACACAACGUCACAACUAUAGUCCGACUGAAUAAAAAGUCGUACGACGCGAGGCAGUUCACCGCGCACGGGUUUGAGCACCGAGAGCUGUUCUUCGUUGACGGUUCCGUUCCAUCAGAUCUGAUUGUGAAUCGGUUUAUACGGAUCGCUGAGGCGGCAAAAGGCGCGGUGGCCGUGCAUUGUAAAGCGGGCCUGGGUCGCACGGGGACGCUGAUUGGCUGCUACAUGAUGAAACACCACGGGUUCACGGCGCGAGAAGCCAUCGCCUGGCUGAGAGUCUGCCGGCCGGGAUCCGUUAUUGGCCACCAGCAGUGGUUCCUUGAGAAUGUCCAGAAGCGCAUGCAUGAGCUAGGGGAGGCUUAUAGACGGCGGUACAACACGUCGUUCCCGGUGUUCACGCGCGGCAUCUACAGCGAUCUGCCGCCUGACACCGAGAAACCGGUGUCGUUACAGACUAUACUUAAUAGCAAGACUACUAAUAAGUUGGACAACGCUCACAUACUGAACGCCAACGAAACGGACUCGGAGAACAAUAUCACGCCCGUCAUCAGCAAAAUACGGACCACGCCCACCCCAAUGUUGCCAACUAAAACCGUCUUCUCGCCCAAAAUGAACUAUAUGAUGCCAACCAACAAUAUACGGAACGCCAAUAAUACCAACCUCAAGCCCCAAACGCGCCUCCUCAACUCAACCCUCAAGUCGCACUACGCGGCCAAAACUUCCACGUUCCCGCCAACAAGAAGUGCCAACUCUCAGGCCAAAUUGACCAGCGGAAAGUCCACUUUUACGGGCAAGAACAGCUUCCACGGCCAACGCGCCAAUCUCGCCCGUCCUGCCCUGGGAUAUACCCACGGCACGAGCCCCAUAAAGACAUUCACCAGAAAAGCCAUCGCCACAAAAAUCUCUUCCAGCGAUACAGUUGUAUCCACCACCCUGACAAGUGUAACUUCGACCUUAUCCGCCUUGACAGAGAACUGUCAUUUGAACGGCAAACGCCUACCUUCAGAGCCGAAUCUGAAAACUAUCACGCAGUCAAAAACCACCCCUAACAUGAACAGCAGAAAAAAGCUAAUAGUCCGCUCCAACUCGAACUCCCGGAAGAAACUUCCGAAGAACAGCACCACUAAGGGCUUAGAGUCGACGCAGGACCUGUCUUCCAGUGACACCAACGUCACGAACAUAUCCGCGGAUUCGCUCGACACGCCGUUCCGUUUCCGGCGGAAACGCGACAAAUCCGCGAGCCCGGAGCCGAUGGACUGCAUAUCGAAUUCUAUCAUCACGGCCGACGUAACACCAGAUAACUUCGAGGAGUCGAGCAACUCGCAGGGCAACAAGCUCUACAAGAUCAAAGCGUUGAGGAAAAAGUGUCCGGCCUUCGGGGUAAGUUUGCUCAAGAAGGACGGCAUGCAGACGAGGUCUAGCAGUUGCGCCGGCACCUCUACGGUCAAGAAGAAAUGAUCCUGAACAAGCUAGUGUAGUACUCACGUAGUGUAGGUGCUCUGUCCGUACUUGACUGAAUUAAUUUAUACUAAACUCAUAUCAAAACUGUUAACGUUCUUUGUAAGAGUUUUAUUAGACGAUGUAAUGAUAGACCGAGUGUUAUUCUGAAGGGUUUUUUUAUUACCCGAUCUUGUAUUCGCUUAGGGCGAGUAAAAUGUAUUAAGCAAAUAUUUAUCGCUCCGAUAUUGGAUAUCGGAUCGGAUAAUAUAAAGAGGAUCUCAAAGAGAAACCCUUCCAGAGUAUGAGAUAUUUAUUGUCUAGCUGGUCUAUUGAUUAUUUAGACUAUGGUUUUAUGCCUAACAUAUUAUUCAUUGACUUUUAUAGGUGUAUUAUGCGGAUAAUGGAUAUAGUAUGUAUAUAAAAAUGAAAUUUAUUAAUGUUGUGAUAGUUUUGAUGACUAAUAAACCAAUAGUUCAUAUUAUUUGCAAUGAA